CAACAACGGAUACUGAGAAAAAAAUUAUUUUAGAAUAGAGAAAGUUGAAAAUUCUUUCUUUUAAAUAAACUUUGGUAACAUCGUGUAUUACUAUUUUGCUCAUUAGGAGAAAACGAAUACACUAUUUUAAAACCAUCUGCAUUCAGAGGAGGCUUACCCAUAUAAAAGCAACCGCAAAUACCACUGAUAUAAACUAAAAAAAGCAAACGACCCAAGAAACUACCAUUUAUUACACCACUUUCAACCGGGACAGCAUCCGACAAGGAGCAGUUAAUUUGACUAUUUGUUAUCGGUGGCAAAGAAAGCGUUAAACCAAAUUUUUUUAAAAUGCUUGGGAAUGCGUUAAAGAUUACUAUCUUACUGAUAGCUUGGACUAGUCACUAUUCAGCCCAAUUCGACUUAAAAAACUAUCCUAACAUACCAGGAUAUUAUGGUGAGGAUUUGUCCGAAGAACUUGUCAAAUCUAAACUAAAAGAUUCAGAACUAUAUGAUCGCUAUAGAAUAAGACGUCAUUUUAUGCCCCAACGAUUUGGAAAAAGAUACACAAGAUUUGUGCCACAACGUUUUGGUAAAAGACUAUACGAAAUGAUGAAUCGGUGAAUUUUCUAUGUUACGUUUAACGUGCGUUCAACUAACAGUUAUUGUAAACUGAUAACAGACAAUUGCAUGUGAUUCGGUUGAAAUAUAUUUAUAUCUAUGUA